AACUCUGAAGUCGCGAGUAACUCACAGGGUCUGGGGCUUAGUUCAGAGACAGAUGUAAGGGCGCACAGGCUUCACUUAGAGGUUGCGCUAACACCCCCCCACACUUCCCAGAGCUGAAUCCGAGAGGGGCGGGCGCGUCGCCCGUGUGGCGUCAUAACGAAGCGCCGCUCGCCUCCAGAGGGAGCCUAGACCUCCCUGGCGAGGGGACUGGCGGUGUAGCGAUGCUGCAGUUAGUCCGAGCGGGAACGCGGGCCUGGCUUCGGCCUUUGGGCUGCAGGGGUCUGAGCUCGCUGACGGAAGAGGCAGCGCGGCCAGUGAAGUCGGAGCCCGAGCCGGAGCCGGAGCCGAGCGCUGGUGUCCAGGAGCCUGUGCUGCGCCGAUGCGAACUCCCGGUCCCGGCUCCCCGGCGCCCGGUGCAGGCCUGGGUCGAGUCCCUGCGGGGUUACGAGCAGGAGCGCGUGGGCCUGGCGGAGCUGCACCCUGACGUGUUUGCCACGGCGCCCCGGCUGGAUGUCCUGCACCAGGUGGCCAUCUGGCAGAAGAACUUCAAGAGAAUCAGCUAUGCCAAGACCAAGACGAGGGCUGAGGUGCGAGGUGGUGGCCGGAAGCCCUGGCCACAGAAAGGUGGCGGGCGGGCACGGCACGGCAGCAUCCGCUCCCCGAUCUGGCGAGGCGGGGGCAUCGCACACGGCCCACGGGGCCCCACCAGCUACUACUACAUGCUGCCCAUGAAGGUGCGCGCGCUGGGGCUCAAGGUGGCCCUGACGGUGAAGCUGGCGCAGGACGGCCUGCACAUCGUAGACUCCUUGGAGCUGCCCACCGCAGACCCCCAGUACCUGAUGGAGCUGGCCCGAUACCGCCGCUGGGGCGACUCCGUGCUGCUUGUGGACCUGACGCACGAGGAGAUGCCGCACAACGUCGUGGAGGCUGCCAGCAGGCUCAAGACCAUCAACCUGAUCCCAGCUGUCGGCCUGAACGUGCACAGCAUGCUCAAGCACCGCAGCCUGGUCCUCACGCUGCCCACCGUCGCCUUCCUGGAGGAGAAGCUGCUCUGGCAGGAAUCGCGCUACUCGCCGCUCUACCCCCUCCGCCUGCCCUACCGCGACCUCCCCUGACCUGCGGCUUCGCCUCCCUGCAGGCGGCCAUCAGCUGGACUCUGCGCCACCAAGGUUGGCUGUGCAGGCCUCAGCCCAAUGAGAGCCGCCCUGGCUCUCCCUGGUUGUGUUUAAAAUAAAUUUUUAUUUUAUUUUAA